CUCUGGCUUCUCCGGCUUUUUCUCUUUCUCUCCUACUUCCCACUCUUUAUAUAAGUACAAACGUUCGCUGCCUCCUUGCCCUGUUCAUUCUUUACAGGCUUGAAGUCUUGCAUUCGUCCACUUUCUUUCAACAAACCCCACAUUCCUUCGAGAUCUAGUCAUCUCCCACAGUCAUAUCCUGACACCACCAGUCUCUACGGCGCAUCACGCAUAACCGUCAGUCAAUCAAUCGACAACAGCUUCACGCUUCAAUCAUCAGUUUUACCUUUGAGUCGCUAGCCGAUUCAUCGUCAUUCCCUGUGGACCUCCAGAAUAUCAAAUAUCGACAAAAGUAAAAAUCCACCGCUUCUACAGCAAACCAAAUCAAACCAAAAAUCAAUCAAAAUGAAGACUUGCACCGCUCUCUCUGCUCUUCUCUUCGGCUCCAUCGCCGCCGCCAUCCCUCUUCGCCAGCGCGACUUGGUCACCAAGACCGAGGUCGUCGUUGAGACAAUCGUCGUCUACACCACUGUCUACGACGAGGCACCCGUCCCCGAGGCUACCUCCACUCCUGGCCUCUUCUUCGAGAAGCCACACUCAACUGAGGCCGUUCCCUCUUCCACCUCUGUCUACGUUGCUCCCUCCUCCUCUGCUGCUCCUCCACCUCCUGCUCCCAAGGUCGAGGAACCCAGCUCCGUCUACACUCCUCCUCCUGCUCCCACCACCACUGAGGCUCCCCCUGCUCCCAAGGUCGAGGCUCCUACCUCUGUCUACACUCCCCCUCCUGCUGCCCCCUCCAGCGCUGCUCCCGUCUCCUCUGCCGCCCCUGAGAAGCCCGUCGCUCCCAUCAAGGCACCCACUGGCAACUCUCACUCUGGAGACAUCACCAUCUACGACAACACUGGUGCCGCUGGCGCUUGCGGCAAGCCCUUGACCGACGGUGACAUGAUCGUCGCUCUUGCAAAGGGCGCUUGGGGCGAGUCCACCUACGAUGUCAUGACUGGCGAGUCCACCAACCCCUGGUGCGGAAAGACCAUCACUGUUGAGUACAACGGCAACUCCAUCCAGGCCCAGAUCAUGGACAUGUGCCCUGGCUGCUCCGGCGAGUACGACAUUGAUCUUUCCGUUGCCGCCUGGAAGGCUCUCACCGGCUCCGACGAGAAGACCAGGUACCAGGCCACCUGGUACGAGUCGUAAGCGCUAAGCGCUCAUCGAUCAAUCUCUCGUAAAAGACUCUUUCAAACCAGCCUUUUGCGCAGCUACAAUAUACCCAAAGAUUUCUCAUCGAACUAUCGCUAGCGCAGGCAGGUCAGCGCUUUGCACGAAUUGUCACGAACUUUUUGUCACCAUCAAAGCGGAUCAAUAUCCACUGGGGUCUCCGAAUCAAUAUGGAAUCAACUCAUUCAGGCGUCUUCACGUUGCACACCUGGGCGGGAAUCUGACUGUUUAUUGAUUGUCAUUUCGCUUUUUUAUCUUCUUGUCACUCCUUCAAGAACAUCUUGUCGUCGUUUGACUUUACUUCUUCUUCAACACAAUGUAAAUCACAUUUAGGGUAAACUGUUAUCUUGGUAGAUACAGGGAAUUAACUUUGGAUACCUUGGAAAU